AUGCAGUUAUCACUCGCUGUUCUGGCUGCGGUCACUCAGGCCGUAGUCAGUUCAGCUUCUAGCCUCACACCCCCGGUUCUGCCGUUAACCGUGCGGAACCCCUACCUGAGUACCUGGCUCGGCAAUGCUCGCGAUGCACCCUGGUCCAGCUGGCCCAUGUUCUACACGGGAGACGAGAUUGGGCUGUCGUUGAUGGCCCAGAUACCAAGCCAGGGAUCCGUGUAUCCUCUCCUCGGCAAGCCGCAGGAUUCCUUGGGCUCAAAUGAAGAGUAUCAAGUUAAAUAUCCCAACUAUCUCGGACACAACUACGACGCCUCGACGACAAACUUUACCUAUCGCAUUGACACUGAUGGCUCUAAACCACUCCACAUCACAGUCUCAUUCCUUUCUCCUAUCACACCGACAUCUACUCUGCGGCAGUCGAUUCCGGCCUCUUACAUAACCAUUGAUGUAAAAGGCGAGACAGAUGUCAACAUCUACAUGGACGUGGACGGCCGUUGGCUGAGCGGAGAUACUGGAGCCCAGCUCAAGUGGGAGUGGGAUACGAUGAACAUCGGAGACAAGAAUAAGAAGCCAAGCCUUCAACGAUGGCAGGUUCGCCGAACCACCGAGCUUCUAUUCACUGAGAUUCGCGAUCGUGGUGAAUGGGGUACUCUCCACUUCACCGGACCUGCCACUGCUCAAUACGAGUCCGGCGAGGCAGACAAGGUGAGGCGAAACUUUGCCAGCUCUGGAGGGCUACGCAACAAGAAUGAUGAACAGUGGCGCGCCAUCCGUGACCGAACGCCAGUCUUCGCCUUUUCGAAGUCUUUCAACCUUGGUCGACCAACUGAAUCGGGCUCCCUUAGCGUCACAUUCACCCUCGGACUCGUCCAAACACCUGUUGUGCAGUAUGCUGCUGCGCGCGGACUCACCAUGAUGCGCCCUCUUUGGGAAUCUUGGUUCCCGACCACUGAAGAGCUUUUCACCUUUCACUAUAAUGAUUACGCCGCGGCCAGCGCUCUGGCAUCUAACUACUCCCAACAAGUGGCCAAAGAUGCCUAUCUCUCGGGCGCCGAUGAUUACGUCGACAUUGUUGCUCUUUCUGCGCGCCAGGUGAUGGGCGCCACCACGUUCUCAGGUACCCCAGACAACCCCAUCCUUUUCCUCAAGGAGAUUUCCUCCAAUGGUAACUUCCAAACCAUUGAUGUGAUCUUCCCGGCUUUCCCCUUCUUCUUGUACACCAACCCGCGCUGGCUGGCGUAUCUGCUAGAGCCACUCAUUGAGCAUAUGCUGAGUGGACAGUAUCCUAAUACGUACGCGAUGCACGAUUUGGGCACCCACUUCCCUAAUGCCACUGGUCACCCCGAUGGUAAUGAUGAAUACAUGCCGGUGGAGGAGUGCGGUAACAUCCUCAUCAUGGGCCUGGCUAUUGCCAAUUCACUUCAGUAUGAGGAAUUGUCUGAAGCGUCUUCCAUCUGGUCUACCGAGGGAUCGAGUCCCGCGAAACUCUUGACCGAGUCAUCCGGACUCUUCCCUCUGAACAACCUGCAGGCUUUGUCCGGUGUCGUCUACCAAGAUGGCAAAUGGGGUGGUGGCAUAGAGGGACAUCGCUUGGCUGAGAAAUGGGUGAAGCGUAGCUACCGUCUCUGGAAGCAAUGGACUGGGUAUCUAGUUGAAUUCUCUCUGGAGCCCGCUAAUCAACUUUCUACUGACGAUUUCGCCGGCUGGUUGGCCCUGCAAACCAACCUUGCCUUGAAAGGAAUUGUCGGCAUCAAGGCGAUGAGCAAGCUGGCCGAGUUGACCAGUCAUGACGAUGACGCUUCAUACUUCAAGGAUAUUGCCGACAAGUACAUCGCCAAGUGGGAAGAACUCGGCAUGUCCCGCGACGGCACACACGCCAAACUCGCCUACGACUGGUACGGCUCGUGGACCACCAUCUACAACCUCUAUGCCGACGCCCAGCUCUGUUUCCACCUCGAAGGCACAAGCUCAUCCAGCAAGGCCGAGUCGCCCGGCUUUGUUCCUCGUCACAUCUACCAGAAGCAGUCCGUGUGGUACCACUACGUGCGCCAGAAGUUCGGUCUGCCCCUCGACAGUCGACACCUUUACACCAAGACGGACUGGGAAUUUUUCUCGAUGGCCGUUGCAUCCAAGCCCGUCCGUUCGGAGAUCCUGGAGUCUGUUGCGCGUUGGGUCAAUGAGACUGUUACAGAUCGCCCGUUCACAGAUCUGCACAACACUGAAGGUGAUGGGAACUUCCCCGGUCCGAACUUCUUUGCACGCCCUGUUAUCGGCGGUCAUUUUGCGUUCUUGGCGCUUGAGCGGGCUUGCGGUGGUCGUGCGAUGAAGGGGCUGUCCUUCUUGGACGAUGUAGAUGAGGAGACUAUUCAGGUUUGGGCUCAGAAUGCCCAGACUGCGGCUGAGCAGUUCACUCAUCCGUCUCGGAACCACCAUGGGGAUGGAGAGCUUUGA